CUUCCUCCUCGGUGCGCUCGCCGAGAGCGGGCUGCAUGAGAGCGGGCGGCAGGCGACGUGUCACGGGGACAGGCGGGCGAGGCCACACCUGGAGCGCACGGGCGGCGACACCCAAACUCCUCCCAGUCCCCAGUCCCCAGUCCCCCCCCCCUCUGCUCGCCGCCCCGCCUAUUUAGGCCCCGGGAUAAGGACGGACCGGGACCUUGAUGCUUCUCGGCGCCUCCAUCUCACCGCAAUCCGGCCACCAUGGUACACGAGACAAGAUCACGGACUCAUGCGGCUGAAGAAGGAAAAAAUGCCCCAAAAGGGCAGAAGGAAGAGCACAAAGAGCAGGAAGGGGGAAAGGAGCGACCCUCCAAGAACAAGAAGCCGGUCGAGCCGGAGGCACCAACGAAGACCAAGAAGCUCAAGGGUGGGGAGUCUGAGCUAGAUGGGAAGGAAAACUCAACGAAAGAGUUUGAAGACUUCUGCAAGGCCAUAAGAGAGCACCUCUCCGUGGAGGACAUGCGCAAGAUCCUCGAAGCCAAUGAUCAAGACGCUUCUGGACCAGAAGAUGCAGUUGUGCAAAUCUGUGAGGAUAUGAUGUUUUACGGGCCGCUUGAGAAGUGCCCAAUGUGUGGUGGCCAGCUCGAGUGCAAGGGGUGGAAGUAUAAGUGCACUGGCAAAUACAGUGAGUGGGCAAGCUGCAUUUUCAGCAGCAGCAAUCCUCCAAGGAGGUCUGAUCCUAUAAAGGUGCCGGAGGACAUCAGCAAUGAUUUUGUGAACAAGUGGCUGAAGCAGCAAGAAGGGAAGGGGUACCCUAAGCGUGAUGUGGACGAAGAGGCACAUAUCUUCUCGGGCAUGAUGAUUGCAUUGUCCGGACGGAUGUCACGCUCACACGCUUAUUUCAAGGAGCAGAUUCUGAACCAUGGAGGGAAAGUGAAUAAUUCUGUGCUUGGUGUCACAUGUGUAGUUGCUUCUCCAGCCGAGAGAGACAAGGGGGGCUCAGGAGGAUUUGCUGAAGCACUGGAGCGUGGAACUCCAGUAGUGAGUGAGAACUGGAUAGUUGAUAGCAUUCAGAAGAAGGAAGCCCAGCCUUUGGCUGCUUAUGAUAUUGUAUCGGAUGUUGUUCCGGAGGGCAGAGGACUGCCGCUGGACAAGCUUGAUCCAAGCGAGGAGGCCAUCGAGACUUUGGCUGCAGAGCUGAAACUUGCUGGCAAACGAUCGGUGCACAAGGACUCUAAACUGGACAAGGACGGUGGGCAUAUCUUCGAGAAGGAUGGCAUCAUCUACAACUGCGCGUGUUCAAUUUGCGAGUUAGGAUCUGAGAUGAACCAGUUCUGCAUUAUGCAGCUGAUCAUGCUACCUGAAAAACAGCUGCACCUUUUCUACAAGAAGGGUCCAAUUGGCCAUGAUCAGAUGGCAGAGGAACGGGUCGAGGAUUUUGGUAACUGUGUCAAUGAUGCUAUCAAGGAAUUUGCCCGUCUAUUUGAGGAGGUCACUGGAAAUGAGUUCGAGCCAUGGGAGAGAGAGAAGAAGUUUGAGAAGAAGAGUAUGAAGAUGUACCCCUUAGACAUGGAUGUUGGUUUUGACGUGCGUCAUGGAGGUGCAGCACUCCGUCAGCUGGGAGCUGCAGCAGCACACUGCAAGCUUGACCCUGCCAUUUCUUUUCUUCUAAAGCAACUGUGCGGACAAGAAAUAUAUAGGUAUGCUCUGACAGAGAUGGCCCAGGAUCUGCCUGAUCUUCCUGUUGGGAUGCUUACGGAUCUCCAUUUGAAGAGAGGGGAGGAAGUGCUACUUGAAUGGAUCCGAGACGCGGAAGCAGCGCCGGAGUCUGGCCCUGCUGCUGAUGCAUUGUGGAUAGAGAUAAGCAACAAGUGGUUCACCCUGUUCCCCACAACUCGGCCGUAUAUAAUGAGGGGGUUUGAACAGAUUGCUGACAAUGUGGCCUCUGGUUUCGAGACGAUCCGUGAUAUAAAUGUUGCGUCUCAUCUCAUAGGAGAUAUGUUCGAUUCAACCUUAGAUGAUCCGCUGUCCGAAUGCUACAAGAAACUGGGUUGUUCAAUCAACAGCGUUCCUGAAGACUCAGAGGAUUACAAGAUGAUUGUCAAGUACCUGGAGAAAACAUAUGAACCGGUCAAGGUCGACGACGUGGUCUACGGUGUGUCUGUGGAUCGGAUAUAUGCUGUUGAAUCCAGUGCAUUCCCUUCUUAUGAAGAAAUAAAGAAACUGCCAAACAAAGUUCUUCUCUGGUGUGGAACGAGAAGCUCAAACCUGCUUAGGCAUCUGCAUAAAGGUUUCCUGCCUGCUGUUUGUCAUCUGCCUGUGCCCGGAUACAUGUUUGGUCGAGCCUUAGUCUGUUCGGACGCGGCGGCUGAAGCCGCUCGUUAUGGCUAUACGGCGGUGGACCGUCCAGAAGGAUACCUGGUCUUGGCAGUGGCCUCUCUGGGGAAAGAGAUCAAAGAGAUAACAGGCACACCAGGAGCAGAGGAUGUGAAAUCCCUGGAGGAGAAGAAGCUUGGCGUGAAGGGGGUGGGGAGGAAGACGACGGACGAGUCGGAGCACCUCACCUGGAGGGACGGCGUCAAGGUGCCCUGCGGCAAGCUGGUGCCGUCGGGGAACGAGCACGGGCCGCUCGAGUACAACGAGUUCGCCGUGUAUGACCCAAAGCAGGUGAGCAUCCAGUUCCUGGUCGGGGUGAGGUACGAGGAGCAGAACAUGGAGGUGGUGCCGGACGAGUGAAGGGUCCGCUCCUCGGGCCUCCGGUCAUGAGGUCGACGGUUCCCUGUAUUUUGGAACGCUGUAGUGGUAGUAACCGUUUGACGGUGGUGCGAUCGGUGCGGCGAUGCGUUCGACGAUGUCGGUCGCCUGUGUCCCAUUUUGGGCUGCCUUCUGGUUUCAUCGCCGUUGCCGCCGGUUAGUAGGCGUUGCUGGGUAACUUGGGUAGGAGAAACCCUUGUAGUUGUAGUAGCUGAAGUGCUGAACAUGCUGUGCCCGUACAGAUGUCUGUAGCAGAAUGUAUGAUGUAUGUAUCUGCCAGCUGGGGUCCUGGUGCCGUGGUGCACGUAGCAGGAAUGCAUGUGGAUGCUGGUUUA